AUGGAGCUCAGGAAUGACCCGGGCGGCGGCCCAGCGCUGCUGAGGCCCCGGAGCCGCGGCGCAGGGCGGCGGCAGCGGGCGGCCGUGGCGUGGGCAGCAGCGCGGGGCCGGCGGGCGGCCGGGAGGGGCUGCGGCAGGGCCAGGGCCGGGAAACCGCCGCCACCGCCGCCUCGGCCGGGGAUCGCGGGCACCGGGUCGGCUCGGCCGGGCUCCGCCCCGCCCCGCCCCGCCCCGCCCCGCCCCUGCGCGCAAAGCAGGCUGAGGCGGAGCGGCGCGCCCCCCGCGACGCCCGAGCCCGAGCCCAAGCGCAGCGGCAUCCAAGCGGGAACCGGAGCGGGAGCAGAGCCAGAGCGGGAACCUGAGCUGGAGCCGAAGCUGGAGCCGGCAGUGCGGCGUACGGAGCGGAGCGAGGCAGCCAAGCCGACUCGAUACAACCGCACCAGCUACUUCUACCCCACAUUCUCAGAGAGCUCAGAGCACAGCCAUCUGCUCGUGUCUCCUGUACUGGUGGCAAGUGCAGUCAUAGGCGUGGUCAUCAUCCUCUCCUGCAUCACCAUCAUCGUGGGCAGCAUCCGCAGGGACAGGCAAGCCCGGCUCCAGCGGCGCCGCCGCCGCCACCGCCGCCACCGCCGCCGCCGCCGCCGCCAUCGAGAGUACGAGCACGGCUACGUGUUUGACGGGCACACAUAUAGCCGCUCGAGCCACAGGAUGCGCUACGCCUGCAGCCCGGCCGAGGACUGGCCUCCACCCUUGGACCUCAGCUCUGAUGGGGACGUGGAUGCCACGGCGCUCCAAGAGCUGUACCCAGAUUCUCCACCAGGUUACGAGGAGUGUAUGGGGCCGGGGGCCACGCAGCUGUAUGUCCCCACGGAUGCCCCGCCACCCUACUCGCUGACUGACUCCUGCCCCGAGCUGGAUGGUGUCCUGGAUGCAGGCAGUGGCCACAGCCCCAGCCAACACCAGCAGGCGCAGAGGCUGCAGGGCCAGAGUGGCCUCCGCACCGUCUCCAUGGACACCCUGCCACCUUAUGAGGCCGUGUGUGGGGCCAGCCCCCCGUCAGGCCUGCUGCCGCUGCCAGGACCAGAACCAGGGCUAAGGGGUUCCCAGGGCUCACCUGCCCCAACCCAGGCCCUGGCCUCUGGCCCAGAGAGGAUUAUGUGA